AUGGAUAGCCCACACGAAAACCUCGGCGCGAUGCCCAGCACGCAGGACCAAUUCCAAGCGAUAAGUUUAGACUUUGAUCAACUGGGCAUGUUUUCCGAUCUCAUAUCCGGUCAAAGCAACUCCUCGGCAGUUGAUUUUCAGCAACAGAUCGACAGCGGCAUGGCAUCGCCAUCGUCAAGCAUUUCGGGCGGCGUGCCUCUGUCCGCUGAAGUCGAGGACAAUGCGGCCAUUCCCCCGGCUCCAGCUGAGGCCGGCGAGCCUGAAGCCACUGUGCCAUCCAAGAUUGGCAGCCGCUUCACAUCUGGCGCCAUCAAAGUUCUGAGGAAUUGGUUCGAGAGGCACGAAAAGCAUCCCUACCCGACACCGAAAGAUGUCGAUAGAAUGCAAAAUCAAACAGGCCUGGAGCGACAGCAGAUCACCAACUGGUUUGCCAACACUCGCCGUCGCAAAAAGUUCCGAUCGCAGGGUACAUCGUCUGCGCAAGUUCCAUCAUGGACGGAGACAACGACUGGCCCCAUUGAAAUUCCAACCCGACGACCGACGCCAAUGCCGUUCGAGAUGAUGAAUCCGAUGCAGAGAUGGGAGCACUCGCCACCAGAGCACGAGCCCGCGCUCGCUGACGAUAUCAAUCGGGCUGUUGCGGCAUCGACCGGACAAUCGAGUUUUCCGACCCGUGCACGAUCGCCUGGCAGGUCUUCGGAAAAUGCAUCAUCCCUCAGCAGUGCUGCGACGUCUCGGUCUAGCAGAGGUUCCAACACCUCUGCUUAUUCCCAUGGGUCCAGGCGGUCGGCCGGAUCGCAAGAUUCCAACAAAUUCUCAGGCAGGCGGAGGCGUCGAGCUCUCACCAAGAUGCAAAAAGGAGAGCGUAUCAAAUUGGUGCAGGCUCGCAAUACGUACCAGUGUACCUUUUGUACGGAAACAUUCAAGACAAAAUAUGACUGGCAGAGACAUGAAAAAUCCCUUCAUCUUUCACUGGAAGAAUGGGUGUGUUCACCACACGGGUCUACAGAAAAUCAUCCUGAAAUGGGAGAGGUCUGCGCUUAUUGCGAAGAGCCCAGCCCCAGUAAACCUCACCUUGAUGAGCACCAUCAGAGUGCUUGCUCAGAGAAGCCUGUUGAGGAUCGCACAUUCUACCGUAAAGAUCAUCUGCGGCAGCACUUGAAGCUUGUACACGGAUCGAACCAGAUGACGCGACUGAUGGAUCAGUGGAAAGUCGUAAAGAAUAGUAUUCGCUCAGCGUGUGGGUUUUGCGGUGCCAAGCUCGAGACAUGGGCUGAGCGAGGAGAUCAUCUUGCCGACCACUUCAAGAAUGGAAGCACCAUGACAGACUGGCAGGGAGAUUGGGGAUUUGAGCCUGCUGUGAUGGAGAUGUUGGAUAAUGCCAUGCCGCCAUAUCUCAUUCGAUUCGAGUCUUUCUCGGCACUUCCAUUCACCGCAAGUGUGGGACCAGCCGAUACUGCACCAAGCGCCUACGAACUUCUGAAACUAGAGAUAGAAUACUACAUACGAAACUACUUCGAGGGCAAGGACAGUUCGCCAUCUGAUGAUGAACUCAAGUACGAGGGGUGUAGCAUCAUAUUCGGCGCGGAAUUCUUUUCGUCAGCUCUUGGCUCAUCACCGCCCUCGUGGCUGAGGGACAUCUUCAUGUGCUCGACCGAGAUAGCCACAAAAGCUCGUUUCCGCCCUAUGCAGCAGCUGGCUAAGCUGCGACUGAGCCAGCUCCGCAUUAACGGGAAAAUGAACAUCUUUGAAGAAUGCCAGCUCGAGUCAGAGCUACGUCAUUACAUUGGGAUGCACGUCACACUGGGUCUGGCUCUUUCAGAUCACGAAAUCCAGCGGGAGGCCUGCGCAAUUUUGGCUCGCGUUGAAGAAUCGUCUACCAACCCUUCGAGAAGGUUUGCUGGUUUUUUGGUGCGACUCAUUUGGGAAUCCAAAGACUGGAUUGCCCCUUUGCGACAACGGGGGAAGCAGCACUCUCAGGAUGAGUUGUCAACACAGCCCGCUCCGGGAUUCCACGGAGAUUGGAACGAGCCAGCUCUGGACAUAGCCCAAAGAAAUCUCCCAGAAUUCAGUCACUAUCAGGGAGUUGGGAAGAUGGCACCUGCAGCCGAUUCCUCUUGGCUUUCGCAAACUGCUAGCAUGGAUGGCUUACAAGAUCCUGUCGGGAUGGGGCUAGAAAGCACAGCAGAAUCCACACAAGACUUCUAUAUGAGACUACAAGCAGCUAAGACAAUCUUCAAUGGGUCGGGGCUGUCACUUCAAGGGUCAUGGCAGGGCAAUGAACGGCCCGGGGGCAGUGGAAUGCCGUUCUUCCUGAAUGAUAACAACAGAUAUCGACGUCUUGCAAAAGAGCUUUCCCGGUUUGUCGCCAGCACGAUGUCGCCCAACAAUCCCAACAGUCAUAUUCCCACUGACGAAGAGAUCCGACACCAGGCAAGAUGGGUUCUGUAUGAUGACGAUGAUCCCUGGAACCAAACGCCUGCCGACGUCGAGGAGUGGCUGCUGAAGUUUAAGAAGGAUGUAGGCCUUGCAUAG